AUGAACCCAAAUGGCAACGACUCCAAAUUCCCCAAACUUGCUGAUGGCUCGCGCGACCUCGACAAAUCCUGGUCCUACACCCAAACCUGGAAAGAAAUGGAAGCCGUCCUCAAAACCGGCAAAACAAAAGCCAUCGGUGUUGCCAACUUCUCCGUCCCCUUCUUGGAAGAAUUGAUGAAGGAAGCCAAGGUCACUCCCGCUGCCAAUCAGAUUGAAAACCAUCCUUAUCUUCCUCAACAAGAGAUUGUGGAUUAUUGCAAGGAAAAGGGCAUUUUGAUUACUGCAUACAGUCCUUUGGGAAGUACUGGAUCGCCUUUGUUUCAGGAAAAGGAGAUUCAAGAGGUUGCGAAGAAACAUGAUGUUUCGCCUGGUACUGUUCUCUUGAGCUAUCACAGUAAGUCUUCCUCGAAGCAACCCUCUACCACAAGAGCAGUUUUGCUGAUAUGUCCCGCUCGUGCAACAGUCGCUCGUGGAAGUUCCGUCAUUCCCAAAUCAGUGACACCAUCGCGUAUCGAGGAGAAUAUGAGAUUGAUCAAGCUCGACUCUGAUGAUGUCAAAGCGCUCGACAAGAUCUCAAAGACACACCCGCCCAACCGCUUUGUGUAUCCCGCCUUUGGCGUAAGUAUACGUCCUGACUUGUAG